UAAAGCAAAGGUCAGCAUCUGAUUCUCCUCCUAGUUUCUUUUGCAUUCCUAGCUUACAUUCUAAAUUUUAACAAUAAUAAGAGAAGAAGUUAAGAAAGAAAGAGACUUCCUUAAAUUAUUUUGGUUUAUUCUUGGAGUGGUUUAUUCUUGGAGUGAGAAUGAAGAAAGAAAUCUAAAAGAGAUGUUCCGCCAUCUCUAUUUAAACAUCUUUCAAUGUCUUCAAUUCUCUCUACGCUGACGAUUACCAGAUAAUAGUGAUCAUCAGCAGCAGGCAGCAGGCACUUGCACAAUUAACCAGAGAAUGGAGUCCUUGAUAACAAUCGCUACUGACAUUGUCAAACAUGCAUGGUCCCCCAUUAGCCGCCACUUUGGUUACCUUAUUUGUUACAAAAGCAAGAUUGAGAAGUUGGAGAGCAUAUUUAAUAAACUAGAUGAUCUUCAGAAGGAUGUCCAGGAAAGGGUUAACGCAGCGAGGCGUGGAAGACUUGAAGAGGCCACGAGAGAAGUUCGAACUUGGUUGUGUAAUGUGAACAAUAUGAAAGGAGAGGUAGAGAAAAUCAAACAUGAAGCUAGUAGUACUGUAACCUCCAACAAUUGCUUUCAACACAUAAAACUGCGCUAUAAACUUGGAAGAGAGGCUGCUCAUCAUAUAAAAAACACUGAUGAUCUUUUAAGAGAAGGCAAGUUUGAUAGUGUGUCUCACAAGCGGCCACCCCCAAGCACUACCGAUUCACUGUUAUAUAAUGAAGAUUUCGUGAUUUUCGAUUCAAGGAAGUCACGUGUGAAGGAAAUGCUUGAAGCUCUGAAGGAUGAUGCUGUGCACUCUAUUGGGCUUUGGGCAUGGGAGGAGUGGGAAAGACGAUGUUAGUUAAAGACGUCGCAAAGCAAGCCAAGGAGCAGAGCUUGUUUGGUGAGGUGGUGAUGGUGACCAUAUCACAAAACAUAGAUCUAAAGAGAAUUCAAAAAGAGAUGGCAGCAAUUUUGGGUUUGAAACUCGAGGAAGAUGAUGUACAAGUAGUUGCUAGCAACCUUGCAGACAGAUUAAAGACUACAAGAAAAAAAGUAUUGGUGAUAUUAGAUGAUUUAUGGGAGCAGUUGCAUCUGUCAAAGGUUGGGAUUCGACUUCAAGAGAUGGCUACCACUUGCAAAGUGGUGAUCACAACAAGAAACAAAUAUGUUUGUGAAGAAAUGAGGUGCCGAGAGAUAAUUGAGUUGAAGACAUUGUCAGAUGAAGAAUCUUGGAUUCUAUUCAAGAGUAGAGCAGGCGAUGCAGUGGAGUCCCCCACAAUAAGGAAAUUGGCACAGCAAGUGGCCAGAGAGUGCGCUGGCCUGCCUCUAGCACUGGUGGUUCUUGGCACAACACUUAAGGAUAAGAGCUCCUUGACUUGGGACACAGUGUUGAAUCAGCUAAAAGGGUCAAAGGAGGUGUACCUCCAAGGUGUGAGUAAACAAGUUUAUCAAUCCAUAAAACUAAGUUUCGAUUUCUUAGAGAUUGAUGCAGCCAAGUCUUGUUUCUUGCACUGUUGUGUCUACCCUGAAGAUUGGGAAAUUCCUAAAGAAGAACUAAUGCAUAUGAUGGCCGGAGGGGGCCUCUUAGCUGAUGUUGAAACUCUAAACGAAGUACAGAAGAUAGUGGAUCUACUGCUUGACCAGCUAAAAGCUUGUGGUUUGCUUCUUCAAGGUAAGGAUGAAGGCUAUGUAAGAAUGCAUGAUGUUGUUAGGGAUGUGGCGAUACAUAUCGGUGCUGCGGCAGAUCAUGCUUUCGAUACAAGAGCUGGGCAAGGCUUGACAGGGUGGCCAAGAACUACUGAAAGUGACAUGCGAAAUUGCCGACGGCUUUCACUGAUGUACAAUGAUAUUGAAGAUCUUCCUCCUGAUCCAAUGCAGUAUCCAAAACUUGAAAUGUUGAUCCUGAGUGGCAACAGGAGUUUAUUUAGCAUCCCAGAAAUGUUCUUCCUAUACAUGGGAUCUUUGAUGGUUCUUGACUUGAGUUAUACCGGCAUUGAAUCACUGCCAAAAUCAUUCUCUUAUAUCACUAAACUCAGAGUAUUGAACCUGCGUCGUUGUCGUUAUCUGAAAGAUAUUUCUCACAUUAAUGGGUUGAAGAUGCUUGAAAUACUUAUUCUGGAUGAUUGUCCAGUGUCCAUUGUUCCAGAAGCUGUAGGAUUCGCACAAAGUCUGAGAUUUGUUUGUAUGAGUUUAGUGUUUUCAAAUUCAUCUUGCCUUGAUAUUUUUUUUUCCAAGGAAUUGCCAAGAUUUCACAGGCUAGAACAAUUGUUCAUGAACAAGUUUGCAGGUAGCUUUCAAGAGUUGAUAAGCUUGAGGCAUCUAACACACCUAUUCAUCUCAGAAGUGGUGGACUUGGAUGAUUCCUUAUCGCAUGAACUAAUCUUGCCAGAUUCUUGGCCUGAUCGACUUCUAAAAUUCAGUCUUUGUUUUGUUGAAGGUUAUCCAUGGGUGUUUAAUUUUGAACGAGAAUCUAGAGGGCUAGUACUGAAGGAAACCAAACCCUUGGCUGUUUGGGUCAAGAAAUUACUUGAAAAAACAAGACAGUUGGUAUUAGUAGAAUUCCAAAAAACUAAACUGAUUUCCAUCAACAGCGAUAUCUCGCCGCUUGUGUUCUCAAGUUUGGAGUCUCUUGAAGUUAACAGCUGGCCAAAGUUGACCAAGUUGUUGGACGAUGAGUUAUUAUUGCAGGAAGAAAUCCCCCUCAGCCAACUCCAACACAUGAUCAUAAACAAUUGUCCUGGGUUGACCAAUUCAAUACCAUCAAGGUUUUGUCAGCGGAGUAUGCUGCCAGGGCUAAGGGAUCUCAAAUUAUAUGACCUACAGAGUCUACAGAAUGUAUUACAACCAUUCCAAUGCCUACCAAACUUGACGUCCUUGUACAUCGAUAAUUGUGGAGUGAGAUAUGUAGUUUCAUCUGAGAUGGAGACAGUGACAAUAUUGGCUGAUCCUUUUCCAGCACUAGAGAAUCUUAAGAUCAUAGAUUGCGAAGAGAUGAUUGAGAUGAUCUCUCCCCCUGCUUCUUUGCAAUCCCCGUGCUUCUUCCAGAGACUUAGACAACUCUAUAUCUUUUCAUGUCUAAGACUAAAGCAUCUUUUCACCUACGAGCAGGCAAUAGGCAUGCAACAUUUGGAAGAGCUUGAUAUCCGAUAUUGUGAUGCGUUAGAGGCUGUGGUGAUUUCCACGGAAAAUAAAGAGGAAGCAUCUUCAAGUGCACAUGUUGCUGAUCAUGAAUCUUAUAAUAGCCCUUUCCCUAAUUUGACAGACCUCAGCCUGAAUGAUUUGCCUCAACUCACUGCCUUCCAUCACCCCACAGCACCGCCCAUGGAGUGGUUACACCUUGAAAGAUGCUUCAUAAACAAAUGCCCAAAACUACAGGAGCCUUUGGAAGAACGAGUUCAAUCACUAUGUGAGAGGAAUAGGAUGAAGAAGAAGAAGGCAGGCAGUGUGAAAGGAUAGGAAGACGUGCUAGAUGGUGCCAAAGGAGAGGAAAAAGAGGAAGGUGAUUUGUAACCUGAUUGGCAUCUUGAAGGAUAAACGCCACUUAUCACUAUGAAUGCAGGUGGAAUGCAACAACUCGAACAAAUACAUAGAAAAGACUGCGCUGCAUUGGAGAGAAUUGUAGUUUAUGAAGAAGAAGAUGAUGAUGAAUGCUUGCUUCCUGUACUGAAGAAGCUUUUGUUAAUAACGUUGCCUGAACUUACUGCUUUAGUGACACAGACAGUGGCGAUGAGUAGCCAUCUCUGGAAUAUCUUGAUCUCAGGUCAUGUGCUAACUGUUAGAUAUGUGUAUGUAUAUUAGAUGUAUGUAUAUAUAUACAUACGUAUACCUGUACAUUUAGCUUCUAUAUG